CUAUGGCAAAGGCAAACAUUCUCUACUUAAAAACUGCUCUGUUUCUCUCUCCCGCUCUAUCAGUCUCUCCAUUCUCAAAUUUCACAAACAGAGAUAGAAACCUGAGCUAGUUUUUUUGGAUAUGGAUUCGUUGAAGAACAGGACACUACCAGUGACUAAUGAUUCCUCCGGCAAAGAAGAGAAGCUUCAUAAUGAUUCUGCCAUGACCAGAAAAGGAGCUUAUGCUGCCAUUUCUUACAUGGCCAGUGCAGUUCUGUUGGUAAUGUUCAACAAAGCAGCCCUUUCUUCUUACAGUUUCCCAUAUGCAAAUGUGAUCACACUUUUACAGACACUUUGUUCAUGUACAUUUCUCUACGUGAUGAAAAAAUGGAAGAUCAUAUCUUUUACAGCUGGUGAAUCACAUGGAAAGACUAAUAACCCAGUACAAUUUGUACCUAUUAAGACACUGUUUCGCACCCUUCCUCUGGCCUUUUCCUACUUGCUUUAUAUGCUAGUUACAAUGGAGUCAGUACGUAGCAUAAAUGUUCCUAUGUACACCACUCUUAGGCGGACUACUGUGGCCUUCACAAUGAUUGUGGAGUAUCUUUUGACUGGAAAGAAACAUUCCUUGCCUGUUGCUGGCAGUGUGGGGAUAGUUUUACUUGGUGCAUUUAUCGCUGGUGCUCGAGACUUAGCAUUUGAUGCCUAUGGCUAUUCUGUCAUCUUCAUAGCAAACAUCUGCACAGCAGUAUAUCUCGCUUCUAUUUCUCGAAUUGGUAAAUCUAGCGGCCUCAACAGCUUUGGCCUUAUGUGGUGCAAUGGAAUAAUAUGUGCACCAAUACUGCUUGUCUGGACAUCAAUUAGAGGAGAUCUCAAAGCAAUGAUGGAUUUCCCCUAUCUGUUACUCCCGGGAUUUCAGGUGGUUAUGUUUCUAUCAUGUAUUAUGGCAUUCUUCAUAAAUUAUUUUGUAUUUUUGAAUACAACACUGAACUCAGCCCUCACACAGACUAUCUGUGGAAAUUUGAAGGAUCUUUUUACUAUUGGAAUUGGCUGGCUACUAUUUGGUGGGCUUCCAUUUGAUCUGUUCAAUGUUAUUGGCCAGUCUCUUGGUUUCUUUGGAUCCUGUUUGUAUGCCUACUGCAAACUCAGAGGAAAAUAAAUGCCAAAGCUGAUAUUAAUAGCUGAUGCUGGAGGUCAAUUAUUCAAAUAUAUAACCAGUAAUUCCUUUCACCAGCUGACAAAUUUUCAAAUUUAACUAUAAUAAACUUUUGAGGGUGGCUUUGCUGUAACAAUAAAAUUACUACACCUGUGACCUGGAUGUCAUGAGUUCUGAGUCAUGAAAACAAUCUUUUUGUAAAAGGAUAAAGAAUGCGUACAUGAAUCCUCUCCGAA